AUGAGGCCUUUCAGAGACUGUGAACACAGACAGCCAGUCUUCAUCCUGGAGGGAAAGGCCCCAGUCGAGUCCAGCAGGGGGGAUGGAGGUGGCGGGGAGGCUGGUUCCGUCAGCCCCGGCCCUGCGGCUCUGCCUCUGACCCAGACGGAGAGCCCCGGACCCUGGCAGAGCGAGAGCCUGCUGGCAGAGUCCUGGUCCACGAUGGGCGACAUGGACCACGAGGACACCAAGAGCCUGGACAGCAAUGACGAAGUGGUUCUGGGUGGGGAGGAGAACCACUCUUUCAACUCCGACAUGGUCCACCUGGAGCGAGAGGAAGCCGAGUUGCUCGAGGAAGCAGAAAAGGAGGAGGGGGCGAGGAGAACAGAGGAAGAGGAAGAGGAGGACGAAGAGCUGCAGACAAGCAUGCUGAGUGUUUUAGGUGGGGAGAGGGAGCUGAGUGAGCUCAGGGAGGAGGAGCAGGAGCUCCAUGCCCCAGAAACUGAGGAGCUCCUGGUGUCAGCAGAGGAGCCUUACGUGGAGAAGAAGCCCGCAGAGUUCAUGCAGGUGGUUCCCCCGAUGGCGCUGCCUCCUCUGCCUAUCGUCAGGCUGGAUCCCCCCUCUACCACGUCCACCCCAGUCCCUUCAACCACAGCCUCUGAAGCGGAGGAGCUUUUCUCAACUCAGGGGCUCCACCCUCCUUCUAUCCUUGCACGGAUGGCGGAAGAGCCUUCUUCAGAGAGUCUCGAGCAACUCAAAUUCUCACAGAUUCCCCUCUCGGAUGUUGAGGAACACUCAGCCAAAGCCUCUCAAGAAACACCAGAAAAGCCGGAGCCACCAAAGGCCACUGCUCCCAAGACUCCCAAACCUCUGAGCUCCACUGAGCUGCUGUGUGGAGGUGCUGCUUUAGUUGCUGUUGUGGGAGUAGUGGCAUAUGGUGCUGUGGCCUACUGCAGAAAGUAGUCUCCUUUAACCCCAAAUCACCCUUUCAACACAGGUUUUUAAAUCUAUUCCAAAUGAAAAUAUUUUACUACACUCUCGGGAUUCUGGAUUUUACUCUUUGACACUCUUUGUAUUGUAGUUAUUAUAGGACACAUACUUUUGAUUUUGUGCUACCUCAGCUCACUACAGAGCUUAUGGCCUUUGUUUUUCUGUAUACAAUAGACCUCCAAUCUCUAAAAUGUAAACCUGGAAUGUAAAAUCAUGUAAAGGGUAGAAUUUUAAAGAAUCCUGAAACUUGAAA